UAGACUUCGUAAUGCAUAAAACUUUCGAUCACUGCAGAGUUUAGAAACAUGAGAUGCAACCGGGAGCUAAGGAAGACAACACAAACUUACAGGUUAGCAUGCCGAAGCUAACGCUGCCUGAAAGCUGAUAAGCUAACAGGACAACAGACAACGUGUUGGUGGUGUUUGGAGUUCCUGGAAGAAGAUUUGGUCAGGGGGUUACACAGCAGUUGUGUUAAAGAUCGGGGAAGUCUUCCCCUCAUAAUCACGUUAUUUUCAGGUAUUUAAAGAGGAUUAUUGCAGGGGGUUGUAAUACUAACAGACUAACAGACAUUACUGCAAGAUCGGAACAUCCUAGUGACUUAAGUUAAAAAAAACAGACAAACAGUUGGCCUAAUAAUAAACUCACAGUUUAUUAUUCUCAGUCUUUAAGUCACUGCAGAUUCUUCAGUUGGUUCUGUACACAGUAACAUCAGUGUUUCCUGAACCAUCAAUUCAAUGAAAAUAAGAGAGUAGUCCACCACUGCAGUGUUUUUUGUUUGGUAUAGAUCUACAUAUUUCAGAGGAAUUAUCGACCAUGGGAACCUCACAGAGCUUCAUGAAGGUAAACCUUUGUGUGUGUGUGUGUGUUUUUUUUUUUUUUUUUUUUAAUCAUUUAAAAAGUUUCAACAGACAAAUUUCCAAAAUGUGGGGAAUCUUGGUGCUGGCUGGCUGUUCAGACAGAUUUAAUUUGUGACAUCAGUCUGAGUUUUACCAAAACAGCUGAAGUGAAUGGAAGUUCGAUUUAAGUGCAACAAAUAGUGUCAUAUUCAUCAGUCUUUCUUUUGGUUUUCUUAACAAGGCACAGGUACAGAAUGAAGUGUCUACAGUUGUUACUGGAACUGCUUACAAAUUAACCCAUAGUCCCUACUUAUGCUGUCUGGAGUAUCAUCUAUGAUCCUUCCCUCUCAGGUCCACAUUCAAUAUGAGCGUCCUCCUUGUGUGACAGUCAGGCUUGUGAUGGUGUCUUAUAUGGUAAUGCUCCACUUUCAAUCUUUUCCACAGUGAAUACUAACCUGAAGAUUGGCUUGAUGAAUUUAUAUCAAAAGUCUUAUGGCACAGAAAGUCAGAAAUAUGGAAGAUAGAUGUUUUGCCCAAAUCACUCAGCCCAAGUUAACUCGAGAAUGUAUAUAGGUCAAAUGUGUGUUUUUUGUGGUUGCAUUUCUUUUGAGGUUUUUUGGGCACCUCCAGCAGGGAGUAGACCCAGAAUUUCCUGGAGGGACUACAUAUUUCAGCAGGCCUGGGAAUGUCUCGCUAUCUUCCAGAAGGGCCUGAAAAACUGACACAGACAGGGACAUCAGCAAUGUUAUGCUUACCCUGCUGCCACAGACACCAGAUGCUGGAUAAUGUCCCACAACAAUAUGUCUGUGAAAAGGAAGAUAUUCUUGCUAAUGAGCCAUGCUGUAGCCAGGACAGAAACUCUGGUCUGGACCAGGAGAACUCAGGGCCCAUACAGAUUAAAGAGGAACAGGAGGAACUCUGCACCAGUCUGGACCAGGAGGUGAAACAGGAACAGGAGAAACUCUGCACCAGUCUGGACCAGGAAGUGAAACAGGAGAAACUCUGCACCAGUGUGGGCCAGGAGUACCCAGAGCCUCCACAGAUGAAAGAGAAACAGGAGGAACUCUACACCAAUCAGGAGGGAGUGCAGCUAGUGCUGAAAGAAGAGACUGACAUGCUGGUUCAGUGCAAGUCCAAAUGUAAAGAGUUAUCUGGAGAAAUAUUUUCCAUCUUUGAAAAAACACUCGUCCAUUACGAGGGAGAGAUUGAUCAUCAGCGCAGAUUGUUGAGUAUCAUAUGGAAACCUGAUAUAAAGUUACACAAAAUAGAUCUCCUACAGCAACAUGUCUGUACAGAGCAGGUGACUCUUGCUGACCAGCUGCCCUGUAACCAGGAGAGGAGCUCCAGUCUGGACCAAGAGGAUCCAGACCCUCCACAGAUUAAAGAGGAAGAUGAAGACCUCUGGACCAGUAUGGACCAGGAGGACCCAGAGUCCCCACAGAUUAAAGAGGAACAGGAGGACCUCUGCAACCUAAUGGACGGAGAGCAGCUUGUACUGAAGGUGGAGACUGAUAUCUUUAUGGUUACUCCUAACUAUAAGGAAAGUGACCACAGAGAACUAAACCAAAACAGUGACCAGCUCCUCUCUCACAACUCUCCUGUAGCUGAGAGGCCAGAUAACGAACAAAACCAACAUAUAAACUCUGGAUCGAUUAAAAAUGCAGAGUCGAAGGCAAAGAAGACACAUCACAAUAACAGUAGUCAUAAUAACGAUAUAAACAACUCUUCAUUGUCAGGAAGUCAGUAUGAUACUGGAACAGGUAAAAAGUGUGUAGAAUGUGAUGUUUGUGGAAAAGCUUUUAAGGAUAGGUCCCAGUUGAACAGACAUUACAAAAUCCACACAGGUGUGAAGCCAUAUGCUUGCAGCACUUGUGGGAAAAGGUUCUAUGAGAUAUCAUCAAUGAGACGUCACGAAAGAAUCCACACGGGUGAGAAGCUGUAUCCCUGCAAAAUAUGUAGGAAAAAAUUUAGUACAAACUCUCACCUGAAGGUGCACUUGAGAAUUCACACGGGUGAGAAACGGUAUUCUUGCGAAUUGUGUGGCAAAAGUUUCAGGCAAAGUAGUGGUUUAAAGGUUCACAUGAGAACUCACACAGGGGAGAAGAAGCAUUCUUGCAAAAUAUGUGGGAAAAAAUUCGGUCAAAAUAGUCACGUGAUUGUCCACAUGAGAACUCACACGGGUGAGAAGUUGUAUUUCUGCGAAAUCUGUGGGAAAAGUUUCAGUCAGAGUAGUCAUUUGAUCGUCCACAUGAAAACUCACACAGCGAAGUCCAAGUCCAGAAAGAGGUGGAAAAAUUCUAUGGGAUACCAUGCUUGAAGAAAUAUGUAAGAAUUUCUGCAGGUUGCCAGUAGAGCUUUUAGAUUUAAAGACUUAGUUCAUGAUUGGAACUCUCCCUUGAAGUCAGUUUGUGUACCAAUUCUAAUGAUCACUGGAUCUCCUUCGCUGUGUCAAAAUUACAACAUUCAGCUGGUCGAACAAGUAAUGAUGGUUGUUGAUGCUGAAUACUGUCUUCCAAGUGUUUCAGUUUGUCAGAAGUUGAUGUUGACAGUCAGACCCUGUGGAUUUCUACACUGCCUGUCCAACAAUAAAGUCACCACCUGGAUUUAACUAA